GUUUUCAACGGUCAACGUCGACACCAUGGGUGGCGAGCUCUUCUUCUCGGAAGGCCCGGACUACUUCGGAGGUACGAUCUACUUCUUCGCAGGUGCGGUGGUCCCCGUCACAGGCGCAGUCUCCUUCUUCGCAGGCACGGCCUUCUUCUUCGCAGGCGCGAUCUUCUACUGCACAAGUGUCGUCUACUUCAAAGACGUGGUCUACACCCCCAAGGCGCACGACGUCGACACCUCCAGCAUCCCCUACAAGCUCGUCUGCUGA